AUGCCGACCUGGUUGGAAUAUGCUACUAUCGAUUAUGCCACUGUCGAGUAUGCUGCUAUCGGGACUCCGUUGUAUAUAGCCGCUGGUUUCCAUGUGGCCGGACGUCGACCGGCCGGAGCUUCCAGGCGUCAGCUGUUGGCUGGCUGGGCUUUCGGAAACAUCAGCAUCAACUCUUUCAACGUUGCUACCAGAGUUGCGGAUAUGUGGUGGCCGGACGUCGACUCGCCAGUCAGAAACAGCGGCGUCAACAUUGCCAUAAGAAGAAUUGCAGAUAUCCGGUGGCCAGGCUAG